CCCCAAAAACUGUGACGUAUUUCCGGCAUCAUGUCAGCUUUCUACUGAAACCGCAUGGCUAUCAACACACAUUACCACAAUUAAAUAUAUAUAUUCUCGAGUCUGGCGGUUUCAGUGAUGAAGUUUGAGUGACAGAAGACGUCCAGAGAUGGCAGAAGUUGUACAAGAGAAAAGUCGUGGCUUGAAAUUUGCCGAGCAGCAACUCCUGCGUCACGGCUGGGAACAAGGUAAAGGACUGGGGCGAGCUGAGAACGGCAUAUCAGAAGCUAUCAAGGUCAAAGUGAAAUGUGACAAAGGAGGGGUUGGUCAUAAGGAAGGGGAGCAGUUCACCUUCCACUGGUGGGAUCAUGUCUUCAAUAAGGCUUCCUCCAGUCUGCAGGUGGAGUCUGAUCAGAAUGGUAUUACACUGAAGAAGACGGUGGAGGAAGAUCAAGAAGAUGGGAUGAUCUCCAAUAAAAAGCCACGGAAGGCCACGCUGGCUAAAGCCAAACUUUAUGGAUGCUUUGUCAAGUCGGCCACACUGCUGUCUGGUCAGGAGCAGCCGGAGCCAAAGUCUUCCAACUCUGAUGACAGCAGUAGCUCAGAUGAGGAGGAAGAGGACCAGAAACUGGAUCUCUCCAGCACCACCAACCUUUCUGAUGCUGAUCUGAUGAAGGCUUGUGGAGGAAGAACGGCUCACAAAGGAGCCAGGCAUGGCUUGACUAUGAGCGCCAAGUUAGCCAGGCUGGAGCAGCAGGAGGCUGAGUUCAUGGCUAAGUAUGGCAAAAAGAGCCAACCAGCAAGUGAUUCACCAGUUUGUGUUUCACCGUCCUCCCAGUCAGCUGACCAGAGAGCGGAGCAGCAGGAGGAUAUGACAGAGAAGUGUAAAAAGAUGAAGAAGAAGAAGAAGAAAUCCACUGUGAGCAUUGAGUUAAAUGGUGAUGUAGCGUCUGAAAGCUCUGAAACAGAUGUUAAGCCCAAAAAGAAGAAGAAGAAGAAAAGGAAAGCCAACGAGGACACAGAGGAAACAACUGAUGCAGUUCCCGCUGUGGAGGAAGUGAUCUGUGUAGAAAACGGUGAAGCGGACCAUACUCAAAAAACAAAAAAGAGAAAACAUAAAAAGAAGGAAAACAAAGCAGAGCAGAACGGAGAAGAACCUUUACCAGAGAGUACUGCUGAGCUUCACACUGACACUAAAGUGAAGAAGAAGAAAAAGAAAUCCUCCAAACAUCACAGUGAGGAAAUGGAGAGUAAUGAUACAGAAUCCAGCCCAUCAGAGCCGGUCCAGGACUCUGUUUCAAAAACCAAAAAGAAAAAAGCUGCAGUUGUUUUGGACGAAGCAGAAGUUAUAGAGGAAGAUUUUCCAGUAAAGCAGAAACGGAAAAAGUGUAAAAAGGACAAAGAGUUUAUAGGUGACAAUAAAAACGAAGAGGAGCUUCCUCCAAAGAAGAAAAAGAAAAAGUCCAAAGAGUAGUUUUUCAUAAAAACAUGCUUUGGACAUUGAUAAGCAGAUUUAUGGUAGCUGAUUGUGGAAGUGAAUCAGCUCUGGUGCGUAUGUGCCAAACAUAGACUGUAUGGAGACUCUGCUCUUUGAUUUAACAAGCUUGUAAAUUUAUUUAGAUGUUUUCUAUCGAUUGGAAAGUACUUUAAUAUCAGUAAUUCAGACCAGUAACUCAAUAAUGACAUCCAGCAGUUGUGCCUCUUCUGCCUAUUAAACAUUUUCAUCUUGUAUGGAACAGAUGACUAGAUUAUUUUAUUCAAUCAAUAUUUACUGUAAGCUGUUAAAGCUGUUGCAGAUUUCAAGGUCAAUUUGAUUGUUUAUUCCAUUGCUGGUGAUACAGAUAUUUUAAGAUUGUUGAUUGUAUACAAGAUGAAAUAAGUUGUAUCAGUCAGUUCAUCUUUUAGUUUGAUGUUAAUCCACACAGUGCAACAGCGAGAAGCGUUAGACGGUGAUAGACAGAUGGUUCAUCCGAUCACCUGCCAAGUAUUUUUUGAAAGUGCCUGUCGUUUUCUAAACAGUUUCUGAAGAUGACUUCUCAGAUGGUUCUGUGUAACAAACCAUCUGAGUACACAAACCCAGCUUUUCUGAACUGACACAAGAAAUCAAGUCGAUGUUGGCAAAUUAUUAAAGCUGGAGCCAGUUAAUACAAAGUUGCCUGUAUUGACCACUUCAAGUAAACUUGAUGCAUUUUAGAGGACAAUUAAUAUAAAAUGUCAAUAAUUCAGUGUACUUUCUGCAUCAUGAGCAACUCUUUUUAAUCUUGACAACUGUGCUGUGUUUUUACUGCAAGGAUGUAAGACAUGCAAAUUAAAUGAUGACACAUCAAA